AUGGUCUGCAGCAAUGAUGAGAGUUCAGAGAAAUCUGUGGUGCUGGUCCUUUUGUUUAGUUAUUUUUCGCUGCUGAUUAAACACCGGGGGCUCACCUUUUUCCAGAGGUUUCUGAUACAGACUACGAGGCGUACCAUCCUGACAAACACGCCCUCCAUACAGCCUGGCUCACAGACUCCUACAGCCGUCUACCCCACUAAUCAGCCAAUCAUGAGGGCCAUGGCACCCAUGCUUGUCCCUUUCCUGCAGGCUGCACAGUACUACAUCCCACAGUAUCACCACAGUCAACCCUAUGUGGGACCUCCACAGCAGUAUUCUGUUCAGCCCCCAGGGUCUGGCACCUUCUAUACUGGUCCUGAGCAAGGGGAGUACCCUGCCCCAUAUCAUCCCCUCAGGUACAACCCACUUGUCUCGCCCUUUGUCCCUGCUCCCGUUCCCACAGCUAGCCCACCUUACUACCCAGGACAGACUGUGUACCCCCCAUCACCCCCCAUCAUAGUGCCUACACCACAGCAACCUCCACCAGCCAAGCAUGAGAAGAACACAAUCCGUAUCCGGCACCCCAAUCAGGGUGGCAGGGACAUCACAGAGGAGAUCAUGGCAGGGGGUUCAGGUCAACCAUCCUCUACCCUCACCCCACCAAAGUUUUUCCAGAGGUUUCUGAUGAAGACUAAGAGGCGUACCAUCCUGACAAACACGCCCUCCAUACAGCCUGGCUCACAGACUCCUACAGCCGUCAACCCCACUAAUCAGCCAAUCAUGAGGACCAUGGCACCCGUGCCUUUCCCUUCCCCGCAGGCUGCACAGUACUACAUCCCACAGUAUCACCACAGUCAACCCUAUGUGGGACCUCCUCAGCAGUAUUCUGUUCAGUCCCCAGGGUCUGGCACCUUCUAUACUGGUCCUGGGCAAGGGGAGUACCCUGCCCCAUAUCAUGAUGCGCCAAAACUGCAGCCAGUUGUCCAGAAGUCUUCCUCACCUGGGCUUGUGCAGCCUGAAGCCCCCGUGGAGACACCGGAGGCCAACACACCUGAAACUGAGCCCACUCCUCCUGCAAGUGAACCGGAGCUUCCCCUCCCCGCCUCGCUCAGCACCCCUGUCAAUCUCCCACUUAAAGCGGCCAACUCGAGUGAAGGGUCAGCCUCUUCUCACUUGUCCUCAGUCGGGGAGCAGAAACCCUCUUUGGCGCCACCUCAGCCUCCCAACACAGACAAGCCUCUCUUAGACGCCCCAAGAACUCUGGCUGCCUUGUCUGUAGCAGCCCCCAAGGGUUUGAACGGCCUUGCUGAGUCCGGGACUGAGCUGGAGACAGCGGCCCAUGAGCCUUCUCUUAUGCCCCCUGCUGCACUCCAGCCCCAGGCCUCUAGUCCUGCUUACCGAGAAGCCUCCUCUGAAACUUUGCCUUCUGACAUGAGGCCACAGAUUCCCAUUGCUGCUGUGCUGGCCCCUAUGGCUCCUGUGGCUGUGGUGCCAGUUACCCUGAGCUCGAGCCCUGCCCCAGCUUUGCCCGUCAUGCUUCCCCCUGGCCUUCUGCCUCUAGUGCAGGCCACGACAGAGGCUGACGAGCCGAGCAAAUCCAUAGACACUAAAGACCUUGUACCCAUAGCAGGGACGGAGGCACAAGGUGGCAUUACUGACAGCAAGACAGAGUCCCAGCAUCAAGCACUCAUCAGGAAUAGCCCCACAACAGAUGAUGCGCCAAAACUGCAGCCAGUUGUCCAGGAGUCUUCCUCACCUGGGCUUGUGCAGCCUGAAGCCCCCGUGGAGACACCGGAGGCCAACACACCUGAAACUGAGCCCACUCCUCCCGCAAGUGAACCGGAGCUUCCCCUCCCCGCCUCGCUCAGCACCCCUGUCAAUCUCCCACUUACAGCGGCCAACUCGAGUGAACGUCCCUCAGCCAGGGAGUCAGCCUCUUCUCACUUGUCCUCAGUCGGGGAGCAGAAACCCUCUUUGGCGCCACCUCAGCCUCCCAACACAGACAGGCCUCUCUUAGACGCCCCAAGAACUCUGGCUGCCUUGUCUGUAGCAGCCCCCAAGGCUUUGAACGGCCUUGCCGAGUCCGGGACUGAACUGGAGACAGCGGCCCAUGAGCCUUCUCUUAUGCCCCCUGCUGCACUCCAGCCCCAGGCCUCUAGUCCUGCUUACCGAGAAGCCUCCUCUGAAACUUUGCCUUCUGACAUAAGGCCACAGGUUCCCAUUGCUGCUGCGCUGGCCCCUAUGGCUCCUGUGGCUGUGGUGCCAGUUACCCUGAGCUCAAGCCCUGCCCCAGCUUUGCCCAUCAUGCUUCCCCCUGGCCUUCCGCCUCUAGUGCAGGCCACGACAGAGGCUGACGAGCCGAGCAAAUCCAUAGACACUGAAGACCUUGUACCCAAAGCAGGGAGGGAGGCACAAGGUGGCAUUACUGACAGCAAGACAGAGUCCCAGCAUCAAGCACUCAUCAGGAAUAGCACCACAACAGUAAAUCAGACGGCUUCUGCGAUACCAAAGACCUGGAGGAAACCAAAUGAAGGGAUCUCUGCUGGAGACGCACCUCAAAAGGAGGAUGAGGACAAGCCAAUGUCAGUGGAUCAACCUGCUGGAGACCAGGCCCUGCAGGCAGCUCCAUUGAGCAACAGCCCUGUGCCCCUAGCCACAGUCUUCACAUCCACCCCCUGCUCCUUGUGGCCCAGAGGCUGACGGGCUUCGGCCCCAGAAGAGAGCAGUGAGGCUGAGAUGGAGUCCAGCAGGCGGGCCGGCCACACCUCAGACGGAGGCAGCGACUUGGCGGAGCCACCUGGGGACAGGAGGAAUUCCACAGCUCCACAGGAUAUAGAAGACCUGGCUGAUCCCAGUGGGACGCGUCAGUAUGACAGGGCCUUCCUGUUGGACUUCCAGUUCACGCCUGCCUCCACACAGAAGCCUGAGGGACACCCUGUAAUCCCUGGCGUGGUGCUAGACCAGAUGAACCAAAACAAGUUGCCAUCUCGAGUCGUGGAUUCUCGGGUGAUUUCGAGAGGACCUGAUUUCACACCUGCCUCUGCAGAUUUUGGCAGACAGAAGAAAGGACAGAAAAGGCUUAUAAACAUUGGGGUGCGGGGACCACCACCCAGGAGGAUCAUCAACCUGUUUAUGCUCGACAAUGUUCAGCUGAAGAAAUCGAAGAAUGCCUGGAAACCAAGCAUGAAGAGGAAAAGCCUCCCAGCGGAAUUAGAGUCACAGAGAACACAGCCCCGAAGGCUGACGAGCUUCGCCGCCCGGAAGGACGGUGAGGCUGAGAUGGAGCCCAUGAGCAGCCAUGCACUCGACAGCCACACCUCAGGCAGGCGGAGCCACCCCUGGGGACAGGAGAAUUCCACAGGAGCUCCACAGGAUAGAAAGGACCUGUUCAGAAAGGUCCGCCAGUAUCCUGAACAAUGGCAGCCUGAGAACUUCAACCAGCUGAUGAAGCAGGUGACAGACCGGACCAUCGACAGGAAGGAAGCGCUCAAAAGGAGUCGUGACGCAAUUCCUCAGAUGGAUCAUUAUUUCAACUACUUGAAAAAAAUCGCCAAACACAGCAAGACAUCGUAUCGGAUACGAUUCAUGUUACAGGACAUCAUAGACCUGAGAUUGAAGAGAAGAGUACAGCAGCUACUUCUCUCCAACGACACCAAGAGACAGCCAGAACUAUCACGCACAGCAGACCUCAACCAGUUCUCAGCGCUGCAGUCCCCCCCCUCCCCUCAACCCUCCACCACUCCUCCAAAGAACCCAGACCUCCAGUUUAUUCAGGCGGACGCCCCCAGCUCAGAGGCGACUCUGACCAAAAGAAUCUGGACUCCCGAGGAGCUGAGACGACAGCUGGAGAGACUCCUGCUGGAGGACAAGGCCAGUGACGAGCAGAUCUUCGACUGGGUGGAGGAGAACCUGGAUGAAUCUCAGAUGAGCUCCUCUCCCUUCCUGAGGGCGUUGAUGACGGCUGUCGGUAAGGCAGCAGUGAAAGACCUCCCUCCGGAUGUUCUUGACUCUGUGCGGCUGAGGCGUCAUCUCCGGAGCGCGUUCUACAAGUGGGGAGGCAGGCAAGGGAGCCCGGCCGAGAAGCUGAGUAAGGCGUAG